GGGGACGCGGGGGUCCCCCGGAGCUCGCCUGCCGACCUGGACCGGAAGCGCCGCGCGGGUUCAGCAACUACUGGUACUUCAGAGCUGAAUGCAUUCUUGGAUGACGCAGAAUUUGCUGAAAUUAUAUUAAGAGCAGAGCAAGCAAUAGAAGUUGGAAUUUUUCCAGAAAGAAUCUCUCAAGGUUCAAGUGGAAGUUACUUUGUGAAGGAUCCUAAGAGGAAAAUUAUUGGUGUGUUUAAACCCAAAUCAGAAGAACCUUAUGGUCAGCUGAAUCCGAAAUGGACAAAGUAUGUCCAUAAGGUCUGCUGCCCUUGCUGCUUCGGCAGAGGCUGCCUGCUUCCUAAUCAGGGUUACCUCUCCGAAGCUGGUGCCUGCCUCGUAGAUGAAAAGCUGCAUUUGGGCAUUGUGCCCAAAACAAAGGUGGUUUGGCUUGUUAGCGAGACAUUUAACUACAGUGCAAUUGACCGUGCAAAAUCAAGAGGCAAAAAGUAUGCUUUAGAAAAAGUGCCAAAAGUGGGUAGGAAGUUUCAUCGAGUAGGACUCCCUCCUAAGAUUGGUUCCUUUCAGUUAUUUGUUGAAGGUUACAAGGAAGCUGAAUAUUGGCUUAGGAAAUUUGAAGCCGACCCUUUGCCUGAAAAUGUUAGAAAACAAUUUCAGUCACAAUUUGAAAGAUUAGUUAUUUUGGAUUACAUCAUCAGAAAUACAGACAGGGGGAAUGAUAAUUGGUUAAUCAGAUAUGAAAAACAGAAAUGUGGAAAGAAAAAUGACCAUAAGGGUUCAAAAUGGAUUGAUGAUAAAGCAUUGCUUAUCAAAAUAGCUGCAAUUGACAAUGGUCUAGCCUUUCCUUUUAAACAUCCUGAUGAAUGGCGAGCAUAUCCAUUUCACUGGGCUUGGCUUCCUCAAGCAAAAGUUCCUUUUUCUGAAGAAAUAAGAAACUUGAUUCUACCAUAUAUUUCUGACAUGAACUUUGUGCAAGAUUUAUGUGAAGAUCUUUAUGAACUUUUCAAGACUGACAAAGGAUUUGACAAAGCUACUUUUGAAAGUCAGAUGUCUGUGAUGAGGGGUCAGAUCUUAAAUCUCACUCAGGCAUUGAGAGAUGUGAAGAGCCCUUUCCAACUGGUGCAGAUGCCCUGUGUGAUUGUGGAGUGCAGUCAAGGCAGCAGUCAGGGUCGGAUUGUCCACCUCAGCAACUCCUUUACCCAGACUUUCCAUUGCAGGAAGCCAUUUUUUUCCUCCUGGUAGCUGAUGUUGUAAAAGUCAGAUAAAAAAAACUGUUUAGAAUUCUUGUGUUAUUGCAACUUUACAGUUAUGAACCACCACUGGCAGGAGCUCCAUCUGCCAAAACCUCAAGUCGUUUAAGUCUUUAAAAGGUUAUAUUCUGAAUGUAACCAAAAGUUUACAGUUUUUGUCCAAAUAUUAAAUUUCUCUUUCAGGGAAGACAUGAUAUAUCUCCUAUAUUGUAUUUUCGUAGAAAAUUUGUAUUUUAUGUUGUUGUUAGUUUAAUAUGUAAUUUCAAACAUGCUGGAAUGACUGUAAUUGCUCUAGAAGUCCAUAUAGAAAAAAUAAGGAAUUUGCUGACUUUGA